AUGUUUGUGGCGCGCAGUAUUGCUGCGGAUCAUAAGGAUCUCAUCCAUGAUGUCUCUUUUGAUUUUCAUGGGCGGCGGAUGGCGACCUGCUCCAGUGACCAGAGCGUCAAGGUCUGGGAUAAAAGUGAAAAUGGGGAUUGGCAUUGUACUGCUAGUUGGAAGACCCAUAGUGGAUCAGUGUGGCGUGUAACAUGGGCCCACCCUGAGUUUGGACAAGUUUUGGCUUCCUGUUCUUUUGACCGAACAGCUGCUGUAUGGGAAGAAAUUGUCGGAGAAUCAAAUGAUAAACUGCGAGGACAGAGUCACUGGGUUAAGAGGACAACUCUAGUGGAUAGCAGAACAUCAGUUACUGAUGUGAAAUUUGCUCCCAAGCAUAUGGGUCUUAUGUUAGCAACCUGUUCAGCCGAUGGUAUAGUAAGAAUAUACGAGGCACCAGAUGUUAUGAAUCUUAGUCAGUGGUCUCUGCAGCAUGAGAUCUCAUGUAAGCUAAGCUGUAGUUGUAUUUCUUGGAACCCUUCAAGCUCUCGUGCUCAUUCCCCUAUGAUAGCUGUAGGAAGUGAUGACAGUAGUCCAAAUGCAAUGGCCAAGGUUCAGAUUUUUGAAUAUAAUGAAAAUACCAGAAAGUAUGCAAAAGCAGAAACUCUUAUGACAGUCACUGAUCCUGUACAUGAUAUUGCAUUUGCUCCAAAUCUGGGAAGGUCAUUCCACAUUCUAGCUGUAGCGACCAAAGACGUAAGGAUUUUUACAUUAAAGCCUGUAAGGAAAGAACUUACUUCCUCUGGUGGACCAACAAAAUUUGAAAUCCAUAUAGUGGCUCAAUUUGAUAAUCAUAAUUCUCAAGUCUGGCGAGUGAGUUGGAAUAUAACAGGGACAGUACUAGCAUCUUCAGGGGAUGAUGGCUGUGUAAGAUUGUGGAAAGCUAAUUAUAUGGACAAUUGGAAAUGUACUGGGAUUUUGAAAGGUAAUGGGAGCCCAGUCAAUGGGAAUUCUCAACAGGGAAACUCAAAUCCUUCCCUAGGCUCAAAUAUCCCAAAUCUACAAAAUUCGUUAAAUGGAUCUUCUGCUGGCAGGUAUUUCUUUCCCCCUCUGGAUUCCCCACAGGCUGGAUCAAGAUGGUCCAGUUAUGCCCAGCUCCUUCCUCCUCCUCCUCCUCUUCCUCCUCUGGUAGAGCACUCUUGUGAUGCUGACACUGCCAAUCUCCAGUAUCCUCACCCUCGCAGACGAUUUAUCUCACAGCCUCUUAACCCCUUACCUGAGAAUGAGGGGGUUUAA